AUGGAGUACUUCUCAUUCCUCUCGUCACUUGCCGGGAUCCUUGCCGUAACUGCGAUCGCAGUUACGGCGCAAACUCCAGAGCCGCCUCCCAACUUUGAAGCUAUUUUCGCUGGUCAGUCGAUCCUUCCCGUUUCCAAGAACACCACGGGUCCGUUUGGCGUCCGCGUUUACGCUCCCCUCACCGGAGGUAACCUCACGGAUGCCAAGACGGGAAAGCUCGUUGCGAUACUCCUCCCAACAGCAGACAACGGCAUCGAAAGCAACUCGGGGACAUUCUUCUCGUCAACAAUUCUGCCAUACGUCUGGGAGACGGCUAGCGUCCAUUUUCACCUACGGUAUCGGUCUCUACCUAUCGCGAACAUCAUGCACGCCAAGGUCUCGACAAAGGCUCAGCAAGCACGCAUAGCAGCACUGCAAGCUGAGAUAUGUGAGCUCCAGAACAUCUUAGGAGAAGACGAGAAUGCAGAGCAGAUCGUGUCGCGGCACAUUAAGCUCCUACACAGGUACAACGAGGCCAAGGACGCAGCACAGAUCCUGAUCGGCAAGCUCGCGGCGUACCGACAAACUACGAUCCGGCAGCUGCAUCAGGACUAUGGGCUCACAGAUGAGGACUAA